AUGUCCAAGAGAGUUCGCAUCUUUGCUGUCGAGGACGUCGAAUUGCACAAGGAUCGCGCGAGCUGCUGGGUCACCCGUCAUGGCAAGGUGUACGAUGUGACCGAGUUCUUGCCGGAUCAUCCUGGCGGAGACGACUUGAUCCUCAAGUACGGCGGCAAGGACGUGGACGAGGUGAUGCGUGACGCGUCCGAGCAUGAGCACUCGGAAUCGGCGUUCGACAUGCUGGGCGAGUACUUCAUUGGCAGGAUAGGGUCCGGGGAGGCAACCGUCAGUGACGCAGACUGGGUCGCGGACGAGAAUUUCCAUCCUGAGGAAACGGAUACCACUGCGGACUAUGAGAGGAGUCAAUUCCUCGACCUACGGAAACCCCUACUCAAGCAAGUUUGGUACGCGAACUGGAGCAAACAUUAUUACCUUCAGCAGGUUCACCAGCCCAGACAUCUUUCAGAGCCUGCUCGGUUAUUCGGACCAGGCUACCUUGAGGUCUUCACACGAACGAAGUGGUUCGUUGUCCCGCUGUUCUGGGGGCCGAUAGCGGGAUACCUCUUCGUUCGAUCUCUGCUUCAGUGGACAACUCCUCUCCCUCUUUUCAGCACCAACCCCUGGCUGCCCGUUCACCUUCUCUCCUCGAUUGGCACGGACUCGAUCGCCAAGACGACGCUAUGCUUCUUCGCCGGCAACAUCAUCUGGACGCUCCUGGAGUACACGCUCCACCGGUUCCUGUUCCACAUCGACGAGCUCUUACCCGACACGCCAGCGUUCCUCACCCUGCACUUCUUGCUGCACGGUAUCCAUCACUACCUGCCCAUGGACCGCUUGCGGCUCGUGAUGCCCCCGACGCUAUUUGCCAUCCUGCAGGCGCCCUUCACCCGCUUGGCGCAUAUCCUGUUCCCUCCGGCCAUGGCCAACGGUAUCAUCGCCGGAUCAUUCACGUUCUACGUCCUGUACGACUGCAUGCACUAUGCGCUUCAUCACACCCAACUACCGCAAUACAUGCGGGAGAUGAAGAAGUACCACCUUGCGCACCACUACAAGAACUUCGAGCUUGGAUUCGGCGUCACCAGCAAAAUCUGGGAUGUCGUGUUUAACACUGUUCUACCCGUUUAGAUACAUCGGGAUCGUAGUUCGCAUGGUGGCACAUUGGACGCAUGUUCAUUCUCUUGCAGGAUUUGUCGCCUACGUUAUGCAUGUUGUAAUUAUCAAUAAUUUGGGUGAUCGGUACUUGCAGUCUGCGCCAUCGUUGGGCUAAAAUACAACAACC